AUGCAUCUGGGCCUUGCCGGAAACGAGGUGGAUCAUGCCAGUGCGCGAGGAUUUACGGUCCGGGCGCAAGCACCAGAUGUGUCGCAACUCGCCAUGGAGGAGGCGCCGUUUACGGUUCCUCUGGUGCUGAUAGACCAGGCGAAGAACAUGGUGACCCACAUCAUCAACACCUUGAAGCAGGCCCUCAAGUCUGCAAGCUGGAUCAGCUCCAGUAUUCGAAGUGAUGCCAUCAACACAUUGGACUACUUAAAGACCUACCUGUCUUUGAGUCGUCAGCAGGAGACGUUGAACGACUUGGUGGACUCCGAAAACAUUGCCGACCUGGUGGGCACCAUGAUCGCAUACGCGGCCUUCGCUUCGUUGUCUCCGCAACACAAGAAUGAAACACUGGCCGGGCUCAGCAUGUCAUCGGAGCAACUGUUCUUCAUCAACCAUUGUGUAAAAUGGUGCAGUCAGUACAGAACAUCAGGACGACGCUACGCACCAUACCGGUCACGGUGCAUAGUGCCUCUCAUGAACAUGCCGGAGUUCUCGAGGGCCUUUGGCUGCGCCACAGGGACCCCUAUGAAUCCGCAGGAGAAGUGCACAUUUUGGUAG